AUGGAGCAAAACAUCAUCCACAGAUUUGGGAUUCCAGAAACACUUGUUUCAGACAAUGCAACAGUAUUUAGAGCAACUGAUGUACUACAAUUCGGCCACAACAUGAAUAUUCAUAUGUCAACCUCUACGCCAUACUAUGCUCAAGCAAAUGGCCAGGCCGAAUCUUCAAACAAAAUUCUAAUUGAGAUCAUUGAAAAAAUGAUCAAAGAUAAGCCAAGAAGGUGGCAUGAGACUUUGUCUGAAGCUUUAUGGGCCUAUAGGAACUCAAAAAGAACAGGCACAGGAGUUACACCAUACAUGUUAACUUAUGGUCAUGAUGCUGUUCUGCCUAUGGAGAUGAAGGUUAAAUCAGCCAGAGUUGCUUUUCAAAAUAAUCUAACUCCAGCUGAUUAUACUCAAGCAAUGUUGGUAGAAUUGAAAGAUUUGGAUGAAUUUAGAAGGGAUGCCUUGGAUCAUAUCAUAGCUCACAAGAAGAAAGUGAUGAGGAUCUACAACAAGAGGGUAAAACCUAAGUCUUUUGCUGAAGAAGAUUUGGUUUGGAAAGUUGUUUUGCCAGUGGGUAAAGUCGAUAGGAAAUAUGGGAAGUGGUCCCAAAAAUGGGAAGGGCCAUACUUGGUCCAUCAAGUCUUAAGUGGAGGAGCAUAUAGGCUGAAGUAUUUCAGUGGUCGAUUACAUGGCUAUCCCAUUAAUGGCAAGUACCUUAAGAGGUACGUACCGACAAUCUUUGAAAGGGAAAAUUAG